AUUUUUAACUGAAAAAUAUAAAUUUUUAUAUGAUUAAACUAGUUGCAUUUGUUUAUACAAGAAAAAAAAAAAAUAUAUUGGCAUUGGAAGUGAUGACUGAUGAGAGAGAGAUAAGUCCAGUCAGUCAAAAUAACAAAAUACAUCUGCGCAUUAGAGAGAGAUACAUGACAGCUGUGUUGUUGUUUUUUUUUACAUAAUUUGGCGGCAUGACAUAAUAUAUUAAUAAUAAAAACAUAUAGCUAAUAAGAGUAUAUUAAGUUUAAUGGUAAAAUAUUAAUAAUAAAAUGGCAAAGAAUACGAAAAUAAAUUUAAUUCCUCAAAUGGAUCAAGAAAAUGAAGCAGAAGACUUGAAUGAAAAACAACAAUUGAUUGAUGAAAUAAAACAAUUGAAAGAAUUGAUUUCUGAUACUGAGUAUGCUUUGUCUUUGAAGGAAAAAGAUAAUCAGAUAACUGAUAAUGAUGAUUUGAAUAAAGAACCAAACAAACGACAAUAUAAAGUUAAAAAUUGGCAAUAUAUUUAUCAUCAUGAAUUGGAUAAACUUGCUGGUUUAUAUUGUCAAAAAUCAAUAAACAAUGAGUAUGUUUUUUGCUUUGAUGUAUCAUCAAGUGGAAAUUCUGAUUCUGUUUUUGCUGUACAAUUUUUUAUAAAUGAUGGUAAAGGAACAAUUGGAAAAUACAUUAUGCCAUCAAUUGACACAAUGGAUUUAAUUAUUGCUGAAACACCAAUUGAUCAAUUAAGUGGUAUUAUUCCAUUUUUAAAUAAUUGUAAAAGACAUCUUGAUUGUUUUGCAAAUCGAAGAAAACAAUACAACGAGCUUCAAAAAUAUACGUUAAAUUUAAAAAAUAUAAAAGUUGAUGCUGAUAUGGGCUUUAACUUGAUCACCAUCUACUUUAAACAAGUUUAUGAUAAAGAUACUGAUGAAUUUGUUAAUAUAACAGUUUAUUGUUCAUAUAAUAAUGGUUCAGCUAGACCACAUAUGAUGAACAUUGAUAUGAGUAUUGAAAAACAACCAACAGAUGAUAAAUUAAAAAAUAUGAAAAGUUUUCUUAAAGUAUUCAAGAAAAAAUCUCUCUAUGAUGCUCUUCAAGAUAUAACUGAUACAACUCAUGAUCAAUUUUUCUGGGAACCUGAAGAACGUGGUACCACAAAUUCAAUUGACAUAAAGACUGUCUGGACUUCUGAUGAAACAGAAUCAGAAGAAUCAUCAUGGAGUGUAAAAAAAUCAAAGAAAAAAACUAAAAGAAAUAAAAGAAAAGUACCACAAGAUUUUGAUACAAUAAAUGAUUCACAACAAGAAAAUAAUGAACCAGAUGAUUUAAAACGAACAAAAAAAAUUAAAAAAACUGAUACAAAGAAAAAACAAUUGACAACAAAAGAUAAAAUUAAUAAUAAACCAUUGAGACAAAGUUUAUUAAAUUUUAAAACAAAACAAACAGAAUCAGUAGAUAAAAAAAUACCAGUAGUUGAAGAACCAAUGGGAUCUGAUGAUUCAACAGUUAAAAAUGUACCAAUUACUCCAAAAAAAUUAAAAACAAUAACAAGUACACCAAUGCCAACAGGUUUAGAUAAAUUGAAAAAAAAUCCAAUUACUAUGAUGGAAUUAAGUCCAAUAUUGAGUUCAAAGUCUCCACAUAAAUCAACUAAAAACUUGAAAAACCCAACAACAUCAGUGAUUGAAUCAAAGAACUCAAAAAAAUCACCAAUAAAAACAAAAAAAUCUCCAAAUAAAUCAAAAGAGUUACCAAAAAAAUCAAAAAUUGCUGUACCAAAAAAAAAAAAAAAAUUUUAAACUAGUGUUAUAAAGCGAGUAAAAAAAAUUAUAUAAGUUUUAAAAGUUUUAUAUCAAGUGUAUGUGCAUUAACGGACAAUUGUUUUUUUUUUUUUUUUUUUUACAACAAUAGCAUGAACAAUAUAUUGAUAAAAUUAAAAACCUGGCACAGACUUAUUUUGAUUUGACUAACUUACAUGAAAAU